AUGGAUGAACUAAUUUGCCCCAAGAAAACUUUACAAGACGAGCCACCACAGCGAAAGCGAUCCGGAAGACACCACUCACAGAACCUCGCUCGGCCUCUCUUUCAGUUGUUGACAAUUCUUACACACAUACGUGACGAUGGCCACGACCAACGGUGAAGAUGCACAGGAAAUCGAGAACAUCCUCAAGGGCGAAGAAUCCCUCUUGACUCGGGAACAAGAAGUCGAACGAGUGGUUGCAGCGUUCAAGUUAAACCCGUACGAGAUCCUGGACUUAGACAUGACCAAUCCGACGGCGAUUACCGAGUCGGUGAUCCGAAAGACUUAUCGCCAAAAAUCGCUGCUCAUCCAUCCCGAUAAACUCUCCCAUCCUCGCGGCGUCGAAGCGUUCGACUUGCUCAAGAAAGCCGAAGGGUUCUUGUUGGAUCCCGAGAAACGAAAGGGAUUAGACGAGACUAUCAAGGAUGCACGGAUGCUCACCCUGCGCAGACUCAAUCUGCCCGACUCGACCCCCGACGAACACGAGAAACUGGCCAAGCUCGUGCCCUCGUUCCAAUUCCGGGUGGGCUUGAAAACCAAAGAAAUCAUCAUCGAAGAGGAGCUGAGAGUCCGAAGGGCGAGGAAAAUGACGAUGAUUGCCGAAGGUACGGAGGCUAAACGACAGGAGGAUGCGAUCCCUAAGAGGAAACCGAGAGUUGAGAGAGAAGAAGAGGUGGGAAGAAACAAGGGAAGAAAGGGUGACUGAUUGGCGUAGUUUCCAGAAGGGUGAAGGCUCAGGCAAGAAGAAAAAGAAACAGAAAUUACAAGUCUUAGGGUAACCACCAAAACAAAAAAAAAACGAACCCCCUUUUUUCUUUCUCUUUAGAUUCAACUUUGGUUUGGUUUUCGGUUAUGUAUGUGUAUACCCAUAAUGAUAGAAAAGAGUCUUAUGAUUAGAAGUCUUCUAGGUCCACUUUUUUCUUUUUUUUUGGUCUGAAUCUUACACAAUUCUAGGUGUGUUUUUUGUGUGUUUGUGGGUGUACAUAGUUGUUGUUGUACCAUGUAUACAACCCUCCUCUCGCUCGCUCUCUCUCUCUCUUUCCUUUACAUACUUCUUUUUUUUGUAUAACUUGUUCUCCAUUUGUCUUUCUGAUCUUCCAUUAAUCUCUUCCUCUCUUUCUCUCUUUGUCAUCUCCUCGACUGUGAAUGAAUGACCAACAAAACCACAUCCUUUAUUAACCUUCCCCCCCCCUUCCCUUCUUUUUGGAAAAACAAAACAGAUUGUAAACAGUGUGUGGUUGUACAUCAUGCAUCACCAAAUUCCAAUAAGGCAAGAAAAAAAAGGGCAGCUUUUUUCCCUUGAUGCUUGCUGAGUUGUCUUUCUUUUCCUCCCUCUCCAAAUAUUAAGCAUGCAGUUGACCAAGCAAGAACAUAGCCUUUGUUUGAAUUUAA